CGCCGCCGUGACCCCCGUGUCCACCGAGUCAGACGAGGAGAUGGCGCCCGCCAAGCCCCAGCGCCGCGCCGCCGUGACGCCCGCGUCUGCCGAGUCAGACGAGGAGAUGGCGCCCGCCAAGCCCCAGCCCCAGCGCCGCGCCGUCGACGACCCCAUGAGCGACUCCAUGAGCGACGAGACCCAGGAGGUGUCCUGGAGCGGCACCCGGAAGCGCAGGCAAGCGUCCUCCUCGGACUCGGACUCGGACUCCGACUCCGAUGAGUCUGAUUCAUCGAGCAGCGAAGAGUCGGCGGUGGCCAAGAGACAGGCGAAGGAGAAGGACGCCAAGAGGGCGACCGACGAGAGCGACGAGAGUGAUGAAAAGGACGCCAAGAAACCGGAAGAGGAGGUGGCCAAGAGGGCGAACGAUGAGAGCGACGAGAGUGAUGAGAAGGACGCCAAGAAGCCCAAGGACAGGAAGCGGCGUCAGGCCGAGGACGCCAUGACCGCUCCGGUCGCAGCGACUGCGGAGAACGCCUCAUCCGACGACAACAGCACCCAGACUCUAUAUCUCAUCAAGACCGUGACCUACGAAGUCGGCGUCCUGGGCGCGGCAGAUGACGACAACUCAUCCUUGACGGUCGCCACCCCAAGCCCGGUGGCGGAGAAGGAGGUGGUGACGAUCUACUACGAUGAGCCGAACAACGCCACCCAGGCCACGCCCGCCGCGUAAGGCCCUUCGGCUUGCGCCCGUGCCGCUACGGCUCGUGGGCUCCGCAGGCCGGGGCCAUCCUGCCGGCCAGGGGGUGCCAUCCAUGUCACGACCUAAACUACCCCCAUGCUGUGAUUACUCUAGACUGUAAAUAUGUAAGAAUAAUUAUAAAACUGCGUGGAAAUAAUAUAUAAACUUCGCACCCAAAAA